UAAUCAAUCAACCACUUUGCGGUCGUUUCUUCAAGUAUGCCUAUCUUAGGCACACCAUGUCCAAAAUGGCUACCAGACUGGCUGUUCCUGUUAUAGUUUCAGCCAAUCAGUCGAAAUGUGUGCCUGCAAUCUGUGCGCUCGAAUCAAACGCCGGCCAAUAGUUGUAUUAUGUGUUGUUGUUCUUACCGUGGUGGCAAUUUCCAUAAUUGGUCACUGGAGCACUGUCAGAGAAGACUUCAGAACAGGCAAAGCUGACAUUUUUCGAGAUGGCGUGUCCAAGAGUGACGACCAUGAUGAUGCAAAGCAGACGUCUGUUAACAAUGGUGUGCCGAAUGAAGGUGGAGAUUACGCGAACACAAAUGUGGGAAAUUUACAGGAUGCAGCUAAUGAGAGAGCGACGUUUGUCAGAAAGGCGUCGGAACCCGUAAAACACAGUGCUUCAGACACGUCCAAGUUUGGCGCCAAAAUGACGUCUGCUCGUACCCCUGAAAAUAGGUCCGAUGUCAAAAAGUCAACGGAAACAAAUACUAUUGAUUUCAUCAUACAAGAAAAAGAUCUGCGGCGAAUAAAGAAAGAAAACCCAGAAAUAAUUGAAAAUUGGAACCUCAUGGACAUGAAACCAAUUUCCACGUUGAAAAGGUUUAAAAACCCGUGUUGGUAUGAGAGACGACCAUUACGGUCGGAUUGUCGGAUAGGACUAUUUAAAUUCAUCAAGAAUGUAGAUACAGCGACCAAUCAAAAGCUUCGUUGCUUGCCGUACUUUUACGUCAUUGGACAGCCGAAGUGCGGGACGACGGACAUUUACUUUCGUUUAAUUCAACACCCACAGAUCGCUAAACCGCCUAACAAAGAACCAUUCUGGUGGAAUAAAUUUCGACUAUUAUAUCCAGAGUGUUUCAGUUUGGAUACGUACCUUAAAUAUUUUGCAAAGGCAGCCAUGAAGAUCGAGUCUCACUACAGAUGGCGCUGGACAGAGGGUCAAGGCCAGGAGAAAUAUCACGACAUGGUAACGGGAGAAGGUACCUCGGACACGAUGUGGGACAACAGAUACUGGUCCGAACUCCCUGGGAACGAAAACUGUUCGUCCGUCUGUGUCACAAACGCGGACUACGUCCAUCACUUGACGCCAGGUGCCAAAAUCAUCGUGGCCGUGAGAGAUCCAGUUGAAAGGCUUUACUCGGACUAUAUGUACGAGUAUCUCUGGCUUCAUUACAAGCCCAGCCCAGAAGCCUUCCACAAAGAAGUGGUGCGGAUGAUCGAGGAAUUCCAACAAUGCGUGACGAUGUUUUCUCUUAGGCGAUGCGUCUAUAACGGUACCCAGGAGAACUCGGAGAGCAGUGUGAGAAUUCGAGUGGGAAUGUAUGAGGUGCAUAUCAAGGAUUGGCUGCGACUCUUCCCACGUGACCAAAUCCACGUGAUACGAUUCGAAGAUUACAUUCAUGACGUCGGACGAGAGAUGACGAGACUGUUCGCAUUUUUGGAAUUACGUCCUGUUAGUACUAAAGAAAUGAAGACUGUUUUGAAACUGCCCGUAACCAACAAGCGACCGACGGGAAAAGACGGAGCAAAAAUACACAUGAAACCGGAAACAUGUGACCUAUUGGAAAGAUUUUACAGACCGUUUAACGAAAAAUUGGCGCAGCUUCUAAACGAUAAAAAAUAUUUAUGGACUAAAAGUAGUGAUAGUGAAACAACAAUAACAAAAUAGCUGGCUAUGGUUUGGUAUUACGUCUUAAUGCAGUCUUUGCAUCAUCUGCAACACGGUCCGACAAAUUCCCGAUAUAGACCGAAAUGGAGCGAUACAGACCAAAAUGGAGCGAUACAGACCAAAAUGGGACUGAAAAGAUCACAACAGAAUUUUAAAGAACAAACGCCUGGAUUGAAAAAGCUAUCUUGGACUUGUCUUAUUCUGUAGCUCGUUCAGUUUAAUUUUUAAAUUUAAUGCAAAAUUUUAAUUACAUAAUAUUAGUGUCGGGAAUCGGUUGAAAUUUCAUCAUCGAUUAUCUGUUAUAAUCGGUUAGCACCAACCGAUCAACUUUCAAUUAGACUAUCGAUUAGAAUUAUAUGAACAUAAGAAAGAUUUGAAUUAAGAGGACAAUACAUCUAUUGUCGUCUUUACCGGGAUCUAGACUACAAACGCCCAAUUUUAUCUUUAAUAACUAUUUGAGUUUUUGUUUCUUUAUUUGCACAUAGAGUAUAGGAUAGAGUAUGUAAACUUUGUAAUAUGAAUGCUGUUGAAGAUGAGUAUCAUUUUAUUUUGAUCUGUCCUUUGUACAAUACUAUCAAAUACAGGUACAUAAAACCAUACUAUUGCACCAAACCAUCCUCUUUUAAAUUAAUACAACUAUUGUCCAUUGAUAAUGUAAAUCAGCUAAUAACAACGUAAAUAUUUACUAGGGACAACAACGCAAAGACAUGAUAAUACGUAAGUGGAGUACAUGUAUAUACAUUAUCUUUAUUAUAUACAUUCUUUGUUAUAUUGAUAAUUAUUAUUUCAUUUUAUAUCGAAUAUUUUCAUGACUUUCCAUACAAUGUAAAUUGGUUUUUUCUAUCAAUGAUAUAUGUAUUAUAUUUUAAUGUGUGUAACGCCUAUCAACUGUAGGUUUACAACUAAUAAAGUAUAUACACAG